AUGAACUCGCGAAUCGUCCCUCAAAUCCUAGAUCCACUCAAUUCGUCCACACUCAACAAACUCCACGAUCCGACCCCUCCACCCACCAAGAAACGGAAAAGAAGCGUCGAUGAGGAACCAUACAGUGCCUUUGGGCGACUGGCUACCUCUUCUAUCGUUAUCAGAGCCCACGCUGCAUCUCUCUCUGACGAACCCUUGAUCCUCGAGCCGAUAACAGCCCUUUCCCGAUCGAAGCUUCUCUUCUCAUGGCUUGACGAUACGCCUCCCUCCCGGUCUGACGAACAACCCGGAGGCCUGUUCACUGCAGAUAUACCCACGCUGGAGAAUGAUCUCGGCGCAAAGGCCGAGCCAACAGUCCUAGCCGUGAAACUGCUGGUCAAUGGAGGCCUCUAUGUCGUGGAGCGGGUGAAGAGAGGUAUCUAUUCGCUCUCCAAACUCGCACGAUGGGUCCACGAGGGAGACCUCGUCGCCGCGGCGAAGGGGUGGCACAAAAGUGGCCCUGCUGAGGACGCCAUGGCUGUUGAUGACCCAAACAUAAUGUCUGAUGGCUUUGAUUGGUGGAGAGCUGCGCAAAUCGACGAACCUACCUCUGGGCUCGGAGUUGGUGAGAAGCCAGCUGGACUCAGUAUUGCGCUCGUCUUUGGGUCAUCUGAGCCAGACCUAGAAGCCACCAAUGCUUCCGCGGGCGUUGAGGAGCAUGUCGUGCCUUCGUUCGCUCUACCAAGAACCCUUGACGCUGCUGAGGAGGAUCCAUUCACGGAUCUCAAGCCUCAGGCCUUGAAUGAUAAUGAUAAUGCUAUGCACGUGGACGGCGAGGAUACACAUGUAGCAGAUGUGCAACAGUCGCCUGAGGAACUGUUGGACGGAAUGAGAGAUCACUAUCUUCAGGCUCUCUACAUUUCAAAGACAUCCGUGGCAUACUUUGCAAAAGGGCCGCUGACUCGUUGCCGGAAAGCUUUCCAAGUCCGUGAUUCAGAAGAGGCAAAGGGCUCAGCAGAGCUAAUUGAAUUUUACCGUGAAGCCAUUCUCACUGCCAAGAAAAUGGACCUCAAGUAUAAGGAAUCACUACCCUCUGCAGUAGGCGAUGCAGCACUUGCUAUUUCCGAGGACGAUCGAAAACCUAAAGGUCGAAAGAGUAAGAAGAAGAAACUUGGCAGAAACGGCCUCUAUCCUGGGGAGGAAGGUUUCAUCCACAGAUGGUGGAAGGACAGGGCCUUGAACGAAUCUUCUGCGCCAGAGAAUUCGCGUGAGACAGAGUCUAAGAAGCAGAUCUCAGACCUCCGACUGCGCGAAACCCAGCUGCAGAUACUCCUGAUCUUGGAAGUUAUGGUGCUGGAAAUGACCAUUCAGUCUGCCACGAAAACCAAUUUAAAUAAGGAGGCAAAGCCAGAUGCGGAGAAGGACACGCCCAAGAAACCAAAGGCCAAAAAGCUGGCGGACAUGAACGUUCUUCUCGAAUUGCAUCUCGAUCGCAUGUGCAUCUGGCAUGCUGUUAGCAUGCAAGAGACGACUGCGUCUGAUACCGCCAAAGCUUCGUCAUUUAGUGGCAAUCAUCUGUCGGGCAAGAAGACCGAGAGUGAUGCUGUGCGUGAUUUCUGCACUGAGGUGAUUGUUCCAUUCUACGCUGCUCGUCUUCCGGACAAGUGCAAGUUGAUAACGCGCAAAUUCGGCGUGUCCAGCGGCAUUUCACCAAUGGCCAAAAAGACUCGAACUUCAAGUAAAAGCCAGCACGUGGAGCCUGGAACUGAAAUCCAAAGACAGCCACCUGCGCAAAAGUCUCGACGUACAUUGCAGCGAGUCGCCACGGAUGAAAAGACAACAACGUCUCAAUCUCGUCUACCAGGACUACAUAGAUCCAACACCGCGCCCAGCCACCCUCACGGAAAGCGCGACAAUGAGCCACUAUUGCCCACCGUUCUUUCUGGUAAUGUUCGCGGUGGCAUGCAAAAGGCCAAGCGCAACGACAACCGUGAGGUUGACCUCGAGGCUGUGGCAAGACAGCAUGAGACCAAGCUAAGAAAGGUUCAAAUGCUAGCCGAUCAAAAGAAAGAGCUUGAUGCGGCCAUCCAAGCGCUGAGGAAGCCGAACAGAGAGCUUGUUUCGAAAGACAUUGCAGACGACGUGAGCAAACGGGUCUCGACCGGCGGAGGUAGUUCAAGAAAAUCUAAGAACCCUGUGCGUAAUCCCUUCGGCGAGGGCGUCCAGGUUAUGGCGACUCCACGAGCCAACCGCAGAAAGGAUCCAGGAGUAGGACUGCCACAUGUGCCUCGCAGUCUGGUCCCAUCUCAGUCUUUUGCGGGUGUGGAAAACUCGCCCAUCGGCGAAUCUCCACUCAUGAUUCCUUCCUCUAGCAGACGGGCAAUAUCGUUCUCUGGUGGCGCCUCCGAUCCUUUCAAUCGUCGCGGCGAGGGACGAAGCCCCCGGUCAAGCCAACCUGAAGGAACUAUCCAUGAAACCCCCACCCGACCAUCUUCCAAAAUCUUCCAAAGCGACGCUAUGGCUGCCCGGAGGCCGUCUUCUUCUGGAAAGGGUCUCUUUAGGGUACCCAACCUCCCGACCCCUCGCUCGGCCACACAGCCAAUGGUCCCGGGCAGUCCUGUCCACUCUCGCCGUACUCCUUUCGCUGCACCAUCAGAAAACUCGUCACUGUCAUCUCGACAAUUCAGCCAGUCGCUCAACGCCGUGCGUUCUUCGGCUAUCAUGGAAACACCGCCAAAGAAACGCGGACCAGAAAUAAUGUCCCCUGCUGCUGCUCCAAUCUCCACAUCCCUCGACUCCAUGGUUCCCAACCACCGAGCUCCCUCCCCUCCGGCUGUGCUGGGGACGCCAGUCAAGGGUGCCGCAGCUGUACCUGUCACCCCUGAAAAGCCGCAGUCGCAAUCAAUCUAUGCGCAGCUUGGAUGGGACGAUGAGAUGGAGUUCUGA